UCGGGUAACUUUGCCUUCGAACUUCGCAUGGGACGAACGAAGUCCUGAUCGAAGUUCAUGGAUUAUCGAAGUUCGAAGUCGUCAACCAUCUUCGCCGACGGAUCUUGUGUGAUGACCGACGCAGCUGCGUACGAUGUCGUGGACGUCGACGGCGACAAGUCGUACCGAGGGAUCAAGAAGGCAGAGCGCGUGCUAUCGAGUAUUGCGCUCAAUGCAGCGACGCCGACGCUGUACGUUGGAGACUCCUCGUCGAGUCUUCAUGCCUUCACAGUCCACGCCGACAAGGCUGUGCGGUUCCACCAACAGUUGAAGAAAGUCUAUCAUGACAGCGGCACGCAAAUCCUCGACUCGUGGGGCGUGUGUGCAACAAUCAUUGACGGCAAACUCGCCACGUUGCCACUUCCCCUCGACAAGGAUUCCCUGACCGCCACCACCACUUUCUUGGAUGAAACCAAAGGAGUCACCCAGCUCCACGCACACGAACUCAGUCGCGUGUUGUGCUGCUUGGUCAAGCAGAACCUCAUGGUGUACGAUUGGAGCGUACAGGGCAAGCUGCAGCUCCGCUCGUCGCACGACCUCACAACGGACAAGUCGAAUGUCGCAACGUCGGUGCUCUGUCUUGGGGGCAGCAUCGCCGUCGUGCAGUUCAAGAAGAAAGGUUUGGUGCUGCUGGACCUCGACACCGGUGUGCCGCUCAGCGCGAGUCUCCCCAGCGCCGAUGCAUCGCUCUUCGUCUCCCGCGCGACUGGCACCCACAAGAGUUUGGACAACCUCCUCGUCACGACCAAGGACCACGGCAUCAUCUUUGCUUGGGAUUCCGGUCGUCGCUUGAUGGGGGAAGUGGGUCGGCUGGCGUGGCCGCCGUCGUCGGUCCCCAAGGCCGCCCCCGUGGCGCACCACCCGUUCGUGCUCGUGCCCUUCGUGGACCGCGUGGACGUGUUCAAUGCCGCGUCCUUCCACGUCGCCCAGUCCAUCCCCAUCAAGUCCGUCAGUCAGUUCAGCGUCGUCACGACGCUCGCGACAGCCGACCACCACCGCCCGGUGCUGCUCUUGCUCGCGCCGCCAUUUCACCUCACGCUUCUGCGCAUGAAGCCCAUCGCCGAUCAGUUGAAAUACGCCAUGCAUACCCUGCGGUACGCCGACGCUGUGGGGCUCUGCACCCUGUGCCCCGACGAAGGCCACCUCCCACCUGCAGACCUCCACCAGCUGCACCUAAACUACGCGCUGCACCUGUUCCAACAGCAACACUUCGACUUGGCGUUUCGCCAGUUUGUCCUUGGCGCAACCCCCCUCCGUCAUGUCUUGACUCUGUUCCCGGAAGAACUGCUGCCUCGCAGUGUUGCCGCCGUAACCCCCCCAGUGUACCCCCACGUGUCGGUUCUAACAGGCGAAGCUCUCGCGUCGGCACUGGCGGCACUACCGGCCUAUCUCACGGCCAUUCGCAGCGCCUCCUUGACAGAAAGAGACAGUCUCGAGUUAUGUGACACGGUCCUCCUCAAAGCGUACGCCCUCAACAACGCCGACGCCGACCUCACGUCGUUCUGCGCGUCGCCCAAUGCGGCCGAUCUGGGCGAGUCGGAGCUCUUCCUUCGCGUGCACAGCCAGUGGCCCGCGCUCUUGGCGCUGUACAAACUCCAUGCGCUGCACCGCAAGGCGCUGGACGUCCUCGACGAGCUGUACACGGCGGACGCAGUGGCGUACGAGCAGCCGCUGGCCGAGUACCUGACGCAACUGUCGGACGGACCGUUGGUGUUUGAGUACUCGCGCCGGCUACUCACGACACGCCCGGACGUCGGCCUCGCGGUCUUUACUCACCGCCACCAUCACCACCAAGUACCUGAUUUGGACCCAUCGUUGGUCCUCCGCCAUUUAAAGUCCAUUGAUGCCACCGCCCCUUCGACCCGCCCUUCGUCGGACUUGCCGCUCUCGGACGGUCGGUACCUGGCCAUUGCGUACCUGAGCCAACUCAUCUACACCAACGACGUGGAGCUUCCAUUGACGCUGCACGACGAGCUCGUGUACCUCCUCCUGGACGCCAUCGACGCCGCCGCCACUUCCCUCCGAAAGCCGCACCAAAACAAGAAAGACUCUACGUUUCACGUCCGCGUGCAUCUGCAGCGCGACCCGGAGCUCGGUCCUCUGCGUCGGCACCUGCUAACGUUUCUGCAGUCGCCGUUGGCCAUGUACCACCCGGAGCGGCUGCUCAGCCGCGUGCCCGUGGACAUGCUCGAGGAGCGCGCGGUGCUCUUGGCCAACAUGGGGCGCCACGAAGAAGUGCUCCAGCUGUACCUGCAUGACAUCCGCGACGCCGCGCUCGCGGAAACGUACUGCAACGAAUGCUUUGCCCAUCGCAUCACGGACGCGUCGAUUUACACGUUGUUCCUUCAGACGUACUUGCGUCCGCCAGUGGUGGCAGGGCGACCGCCGCCGCUCCGCAGCUUGACCGGUGGCAUCGGCAUGCAUUUCGUCGCCGCAUUCAUGCUUCGUCAUGCGCAGUGCAUUGAUGUCGCGACGGCGCUGGCGCUGCUGCCGCCAUCCGUCGAGGCGUCGGCGGUGGCGGCCUACUUGGAGCGCGUGCUCGAGCUGAAAGUGGAGCAGAAGCGCCACGUUCAAGUCCAAAAGCAACUGCUCAAGAUUGAAAACUUGCACGUCCGCAGUGCGCUCAACGUGGCCAAGCAGGCCAGCGUCGACGUCGACGUCCACUCGACCUGCGACGUGUGCGCGCGGCCAGUGGAGCGAGGACCUGUGCUGUGCCACCCCAACGGAACGUUGCUGCAUUAUGCAUGCCAAACCAGUUUGUAGACGAGCAGCGAUAGAUAGAUAUGGGGUACACAAGAUGAACGAAACUCAAAUUCGGAGCACUGUAUGGGGUUCUGUAGUUAGUUGACGUUUAAAUGGGCCAGGAGUUUGUCUAAUUUGGCUUCGAUACGAUUCAACUGGUCGGCGAAUUCGCCCGAUGACGUGGCGGCAACAGGGAGGGAUUGUCGGAACGAAGACGGCUGCAGCACGGGACUGGUCGAUCCGCCGGCGUUGCUGCUCGUGGUUGUGAUGGAAGUCUCGGUGUUUCCAGCGCGCUUCGCUGCCGCCUCCCGAUUCUUUCGCAUGAUGUCAGCAAAUCCCCCACUGGAAGAAGAAGCGUCGGUGGGACUGGGCUGUUCGCUGGCCCGCAUCGACGGCGUCCGAUGAGUCGACUUCUUUAGUCCUGCGGCCCCUUGCGCGAUGGCUGCAAACAGGGGAUUGCCACCUCCACUGCUGCUGCUACUUGGGUCACUGGACGAAGUCGACGUGGAGGGCUUGACAGCGUCCAGCGGGGAGCUUUCCCGUGUGAUGGUCUUUUUCAACUUUUUGCCUUGGGCAAUCUGCGCCAAGAGCCCACCUCGAUCACCACCACCUCCUCCAGAUGCGGGUGGAGUAGACACCGGCUCGGACGAUGCCGUCUUUGCUGUGGACGAUCUGGUUGAGGAGGUGGUUGCUUUAGGUCGGUUCCACUGGGUGACUUUGGAUUGUGCGUGGUAGUAGUACUCCUAAAGGACAACAGUGACAGUGGAAUGCGCGCAUCAGGGAGGUCUACCUUGCCGUCUGCCGUCUUGUACGCCAUCCAUCCCACGGGCAGUGCGCUGCUCAUGCUGGGCAGCCGUUGAGUGUUCUGAACCACUU